AGAGUGAUACCGUGAGAAACGCACCACCGACAUCUGAACCAGACCGACUGAAACGCUGUCGUUUAACUGUUUUCCCUCUCUCUAGUUUAGUUUCUUCCUCUACGCGUUUGGCCCAAUUCACACACUCAUCAGCUCUGUUUCUAAACAUCUUCUUCCCACACUAAUCGCCAUCGUUGCUCCACUUCCCACUCUGAUUCGCUCAUUUGAGCUUUCUCUUUUUUUUUGUUCUGUUUGCGAUGGCGCGUAGGUCUGGAGAUUGCAUGAGAUGUCUGGUGAUAUUCGCGGUGGUAUCAGCUUUAGUAGUGUGUGGACCUGCUCUUUAUUGGAAAUUCAACAAAGGCUUCGUUGGAUCCAACACUCGUAAGAGCUCUGUUUGCCCUCCUUGCGUCUGUGAUUGCCCACCUCCUGUCUCUCUCCUCGAGAUCGCUCCUGAUUGUGGAGGUGAUGAUCCAGAGCUCAAACAGGAGAUGGAGAAGCAGUUUGUGGACCUUCUGACCGAGGAGCUGAAGCUGCAAGAAGCAGUUGCUGAUGAGCAUAGCCGUCAUAUGAAUGUUACCCUCGCAGAAGCCAAGAGAGUUGCGUCUCAGUACCAAAAGGAAGCUGAGAAAUGCAACGCCGCCACUGAGAUUUGUGAGUCAGCUAGGGAGAGAGCUGAAGCUUUGUUGAUUAAGGAGAGGAAGAUCACUGCUUUGUGGGAGAAGAGAGCUCGGCAAUCAGGGUGGGAAGCGUCGCCGGCCAUUAAAGUACUCUGUUUUGCAUUAUUUCUAAAUAUUCCAAGGGACAUACUUCAUAAAAGCUUCAGAUCUACCAUUAAAAGAAACAGAUCUAGUUCGAUGAGGAAGAGAGGACAUGGACACAAUCAAGAGUAUACAGAUAACUUGUCAGAAGUUUCAGAACCAAAGAGACAGAAGAAGCUUCCAGCUUUGGCAAGUGUCAUCGUGGAAGCUGUCAAAGUAGAUAGUUUGCAGAGGCUAUGCUCGUCUUUGGAACCUUUAUUCCGCAGAAUUGUCAGUGAAGAGGUGGAACGUGCCUUAUCAAAGUUGGAGAACUCCAAAGAAACUCCAAGAUCUCUAGAACCAAAGAAGAUUCAAGGCCUCAAUGGAAGAAACUUGCAAAUUCGCUUUAGAACACGAAUGCCUCCUCAUUUAUUCACAGGAGGAAAAGUCGAAGGAGAGCAAGGAUCAGCCAUUCACGUUGUCCUUAUUGAUGCAAACACAGGAAACGUAGUUCAAACGGGAGAAGAAUCAAUGACAAAGCUGAGCAUUGUCGUGUUAGAUGGAGACUUCAAUGAUGAAGACGAUGAAGAUUGGACGAGAGAACAUUUUGAUAGCUUUGUUGUGAAAGAGCGGGAAGGAAAACGUCCCAUCUUGACUGGUCAGACACAUGUGGUGCUUAAGGAUGGUGUAGGAACUCUAGGAGAACUUACUUUCACGGACAAUUCGAGCUGGAUUAGGAGCAGAAAGUUUAGGCUUGGUGUUAAGGCUGCAUCAGGGUUUCACAUACGUGAAGCUAAGACAGAUCCUUUUGCUGUUAAAGAUCAUAGAGGAGAACUAUACAAGAAACAUUAUCCACCGGCUUUAAAUGAUGAAGUAUGGAGAUUGGAUAGAAUAGCGAAAGAUGGAGCACUACACAAGAAGCUAGUAAAAUCUAAUAUCAUGACUGUUGAAGACUUCCUUAAGAUACUUGUGAAGGAGCCACAGAAGCUAAGAAGCUUACUUGGGAGUGGAAUGUCAAAUAGAAUGUGGGAAAACACGGUGGAGCAUGCAAAGACUUGUGUAUUGGGUGGGAAACUUUACGUUUAUUACACAGAGAAGACGCCUAAUACAGGCGUUGUCUUCAAUCAUAUAUAUGAAUUUAGAGGCUUGAUUGUUAAUGGCCACUUCUUAUUUCUGGAAUCUCUUAACCAUGACCAAAAGAUAUCUGCAGACAUUAUGGUGAAGGCUGCUUAUGAGAACUGGCACAAAGCUGUUGAGUAUGACGGUAAGCUGUUGAAUUGCUUACCAGAGGCAAAAAUGGCACAGAACCAUCAGGAGACUCUGCAGUGUCAUCAGAAUGUGAAUAGCUACUCACCUCAGCAACAGAUACAGUAUCCGUUUGUACAACAAUUAGGAAGCUACACAUCGGUGGAGGGUUCCUCAGUUUCAGGCUCAUACAAUGGAGUCCGUGAAGAUAUCUUCACAGAGGAAAUUAGGGUGAGAAGUUCAGAGAUGCUUGAGAGCGAUGAUAUGCAGAAACUGCUCAAGACAUUUGGGAUAGCAGGCGGGUUUAGUCAUAUUGAUGAGUCGGAUUACGGUUUCAAUGAUCGGUAUGAAGCUCAGAUUGACAAGGGUUAUGGGAGAGAAAGAGGCAGAGGCUCAGGGAAAGCUGUGGUGGGUUGGCUUAAGCUUAAAGCUGCAUUGAGAUGGGGUAUCUUUAUACGCAAGAAAGCUUCAGAGAGGAGGCCUCAGAUUGUGGAGAUCGACUAA